UAUUCCUUUGCUGUCAAUUCAAAAUUCGAAUCUUGACGGUUACAUAGUAGACGCUGUUUAGUCGUUGACUGUUUAUGAGCUAUUUUUCAAAAACUUAAUUAAAGUGCUAAUUCAGCUUCAUUGAAUGUCUUAUGACUGGAAACAAAGUUGAAAAUAUUAAUCGCAGUGUUCAGAAACAGUGUAAUUUCAUUAUAUUGAUGAUCGAUGUAUUGAGAUGAAAAUGGUUCGAGCUGCUCCGUUGAUCGGGGCAAAAUCAAAGUGUGGUGCUUUGCCUUCAAAGUGUGGAUCUACGCAGAACAUGGCAGCUAAUAUAAAAGUGGUGGUUCGCGUCCGGCCUUUGAACGAAAGGGAAAAAGCGGCAAACAAUCGUGUGGUGGUUGAUGUUGUCGACGAUACUAUGUUAGUUUUUGAUCCCAAGGAAGAAAUGCGUCCGUUUUUCUACCAAGGCGUCCAGCAACCAACAAAGAAUGUGUUACGGCGAGCGAAUAAGGAGUUGAAGUUUGUAUUUGACAAUGUUUGUGGACAAACUGCUUCUAAUAAGGAUAUUUUUGAGUUGACUACAAAAGAUGUCUUGGUGUCACUGAUGGAGGGUUACAAUUGUUCGGUGUUCGUGUACGGCGCGACGGGAGCGGGCAAGACUUUCACAAUGAUAGGUAGUAAAGAGAACCCGGGGAUAACUUACCUGACUAUGGAGCAUCUCUUUUACACUAUACAUUCCUUUGAGAAGGAAAGAGAGUUUGACAUUGGUGUUUCUUAUAUUGAAGUUUACAAUGAAAAUGUGUUUGACCUGCUUAAACCCUCAAAAACCCCUCUCCAACUCAGAGAAGACUCAAAGUACGGAGUGAUGGUAGCCGGCCUCACUUUAGAGAACAUCAACACUGCCCGGGAGCUGCUGAAUAUGCUGGAGAACGGGAAUAAGAACAGAACCCAGCACCCCACUGAUGCCAAUGCAGAGAGCUCCAGGAGUCAUGCAGUUUUUCAGGUGUACAUAAAAAUGCGGUACAAAACCAGCGGCCAAGCCAGAGUCGUAAAACUGUCCAUGAUCGAUUUGGCGGGUAGCGAGCGCGCGUCCGCCACCGGCUGCAGCGGCGAGCGCUUCAAAGAAGGCGCUAAUAUCAACCGGAGUCUGCUGUCGUUGGGAAACUGCAUCAACAAGCUUGCUGACGGGAGCAGCUACAUACCUUAUAGAGACUCGAAGCUCACGCGCCUACUAAAGGACAGUCUUGGUGGCAACUGCAAAACGGUCAUGAUCGCGAACAUCUCCCCCGCCAGCAUGAGCUACGAAGACACUUAUAACACGCUCAAGUACGCUGCGCGCGCCAACAAGAUACAGCUAAGCAUCAAGAAGAACAUAGUGGACGGCGACAUGAAACUCUCGCAAUACGUGAAGACAGUGGAAGAAUUGAAGAAGAGAGUGAAGGAAUUGGAGGCCAAGCUGUCUUUGAGUAGCGUACAACCUGCGGCAGGCAAGCAACAGCCCAACUUGGCUAAAGAGAAAGCCCGAGCGGAGUGGCGUCGUCGUAUCUUGGAAGCGGAGAAGCUGCACGACGCCUGCGAGAUGCAUCUCCUUGGUCUGCAAACAAGGGGCAACGUGCUGGCGCUGCGGCACCGCCUGCGCGCGCGCGCCCACUCGCACGUGGCCGCGCUGGCGCACCGCUCCUCCAACGAGGCCAUCGAACUGAUGGUUACCGAAGACAUCCCCCGUCAAGAGCGAGCCGCCGAAAGUUACGAGAAAAAGGCUCAACAUUUAGACGCGAAAAUACUCGAAGCAAAAACCAAAUGUGGCGAGAGCUGGCAACAGUUGCAAACUACCUUAGAACAAGCUGCCACCGACUGCCCAGACCUAAAAGACUUCACAGACAACAUCAUCCUCCAAAGAGAACUGAGACUUACUAAAGCCAGCGAUAAUAUGAGAAAGAAACUACUCUGGAUACAGCACAAGGAAAUAAACAUGUUCACAGAAUACAUGAGCGACAUGCCCAGCAUGCUCAAAAAGCUUUACCUAACCUUAAGAGGUUACGAAAAGGUACCUCCAGCGUUAGCUAUGGAAUACAAAGAUGUUAUGAAAAAAGCUAAAUCUAUGAAAUCUAUAUCCUGGGACACGGAAGAUGAGUGUAACGAUCCAGAAUUCAAAUCAAUUUGUUGCCUUAACAUGAACGAAGACGAUGUCCAGAGUAAAUCGAACGCUACGGUCGAUAUUGUCACAGACAGUGACGAACUAACCGAUGCCGAGAACCGUGAAGUUUCGCCGAAGAAACGCAAGGGUACGCCUAUAAAGCUGGCCAAUAACGUGACUAUAGUCAUCGAUGAUUCUUUCGAGAUUUUAGACACGACGAGAACUCUGAAUUCAGCCAAAAAGGUAAAGCGGGAGGCUGAUGUCGUAUCGGAUAAGGAAAACGCAGGAAUUAUAGAUCCACACGACUUAAACUCCACUUUUGUGCUGGCGGGUAAAAUGGAGGCGUUGAAGAAACCUAAAUUGGAGCCUAACUUGAAACCGAACGUGAAACAUGAACCUGUGUAUUUGAAGAGAGGGCUGACAGACAGGACGAAUGUACAGAGGACCAUUAAUUUUAAUGACAAAGUAUCGUCGGCGAAGGCCGCGGUGGGCGUGGCGCGGCCCCUCCGCCGCGCGCCCGGCUUCGGCUCCAGCCUGGCGCGCGACGGCAAGCCGCUCGCCAGGCCCGCGCAAGUGAGCGAAAAGGUUGUCGGGUAUAAAUCCAUGCGUGCGAGGGAGAGGAUCCCCGCGCAUCCUUAUUCGAGGCCCGCGCGCCGGUGAUACAAGAGCUGACAGAGCGCGCGUUAAAAAGAAAAUAUGCGAGCAAAGUACUUUAUAAGCGGUGACUUCCAUAUUCAGAAUAGUGACAACAUAAUUUAGUUCAUAUUGUAAUUGAAAUUAGGUUAGAUCGGUCGCUGCAUGCAUAUCAAAGGUUACAAAGCAACCAACAUACCCACCGCAUUUACUUUUAAUAUCCCACAUAUUAGAAUGACAGAUUGACCCAAUUUGUCCAACCGAUUUGUCAGGAAAGCGGGAUGAUUGGUUGAUGAACAUUGCCUAUCAUGCCCAACAUUGCCUGGCUUAUUAAAACAGAUUCUCUACAAAACAGUAGUCUUUGUCUAGCCUAAUAAUGGUAGCGAUUCUCAGAUAAUUUAUUGUAAUAGAGAAGUGAAGUCUAUGGAAAAACGUGCCCCUUAGUUUGACAUCGAAAAAAGAUGGUGCUGUACUGCGGUCACUGAAUUGUCAAACGUCAACUUUUGACAAUAAGAGUUACCGCAAAAUGUAUGGAGCUGUACAGCGCCAUCUCGUUUCGUUGUUAAAUUCGAAGCACGACUUUGUCUUAGAUUUCACACCUCUUAAUUUAAUUUUGUAAAUAUGCACCGUUAGGCCAGGCAAUGUUGGGCAUGGUAGGCAAUGUUGAGUAGGCUGAAGGCAGUAAAUUGGCCAAACUAACUGUCAUUUUAGUAUGUAGGAAAUAAAAACAGCUUAGAUGAACGAAGUAGCGUUACACCACGAUUUCAUAUCUAGGAAUUAUGAUGAUUUGACAACUAGGACACUUGUAAUAAUUACA